GAGAACGACCAAAACUGGAAAACUACCCGUUUUCUUGGAAAACCACUUGCGGCCAUCAUUACAAAAACAAAACCCACCGUCGAUUCCUUCCCCACUUUUCCAUUCUCUUCUUCCAUCGUCUUCUCUCUCAAUUUUUUUCAUCGCAAAUCCAAUUCCUUCACCAUGCGUAUGAGCUGUAACGGAUGCCGAGUUCUUCGCAAAGGCUGCAGUGAGGCCUGCUCAAUCAGACCUUGUCUUCAAUGGAUCAAAUCCCCCCAAUCCCAAGCCAACGCCACUUUCUUCCUCGCCAAAUUCUACGGCCGUGCUGGCCUUGUUAACCUCAUCAAUGCCGGCCCCGACCAUCUCCGCCCAGCUAUCUUUAAAUCUUUGCUAUUCGAGGCAUGUGGCCGGAUUGUGAAUCCCAUUUUUGGGUCCGCUGGAUUGUUGUGGUCCGGGAGCUGGCAGCUCUGCCAGGACGCCGUCGAAGCUGUUCUAAAAGGCGCGCCGAUUCUGCCGGUUUCUUCCGAAACAGCGGCGUCGCACAUGGGUCCACCUUUGAAAGGCUGCGAUAUCCGCCAUGUCUCCAAACAGCAAGGCUCCGCCUCUGAUUCCGCGCUCAGGAAGAUCAAGACGCGAAGGCGGUUCAAACGCUCUGCGGCGAAGUUGAAGCCAAAGCAGGAGCCGGUUGUGGUGGUGCCCGAGUUCAAAUUCGACGACCCGACCCGGACUGUAUCGGAGCCUCGGUGUCUGAAGUUCGAGUUGGAUAAUUGGGAGAGUCGUGAGUCGCCGGAGAAGGACUGCGGUAGCGACGACACCGAGUGCUUGUCGGUGGAGACAGUGGAGGCUUCUCCGGUGGGCCAGGGUGGUGACGUGGAAUUAGAACUUACUUUAGGGUUUGGGCACAGUCGGAUGCUGACAUGACUAGAUCGAGGACUAUAAGAACGCCACGUGUAAAGAUAGAUGUAUGAUUUUGGUCUCACAGAUUUGGCUUUUGAUGUUGUACAAAACCAAAUGAGUUUUUUCUUUUUAUCUUCCUUUUGUUGAGGUUAGAUUUAGGGUUUGUGAAGUGUUAGUCAAAUUGGAUAUUGUUAUAUUUGUAUUUGAAAGAAAGAAUAAUUAAUAUAUUGAAUCACAUGUUCACGGUA